CUUUAUCCUCAAUUAGUAUUGGUUAACAACUUGGUCUUAUUUGUACAAUAUCUUGCGCAAGUAGAAAAAAUGGUCAAACUGUCGACUCGAUGGGUAAUGGCUUACAACUCUGUGUCGGUUCUGAACAAGAACUGGGAUAGAAUGUUUGGAUUAAGCAAUAUUCAAAGCGCAGUCUGGUCAACAGUGUUGACAACUUCUAAUUCUGGUACAGCACUCCUCCAACACUUUAGUGUCUUUAGAACUCUGGCUGGAAAUGACGUCAACUUUGACGAGCAUCCAGUUAAAAUAAUGUCCAAGCCGCCCAGUCAGCACAGCUUAACGUUUGUUGUAGACCCAGACAUAAAUGCAGCUGUAGCAUUGGCCUUCAGAACCACAGUACCUGUCAGCGUCACUCAAAACGCCAAAGAUGUUUUUGUUUCUUUCAAGUCUGCUGAGUAUAUGUCCGCAUUUGUUUCUAGUCCACUUGUUUUUAAUAACAAAUCCAUAACUUUCAGGCGGCUCGUUGAAUUCAAGUCUUCCUACAUUAUUCUGACAUUGUCAGGGUUAGAACCAGCACCCUUUCCUGCCAUGGCUCACGCAAUCGAGACGGCUCUCAAGCCUUAUGGCACAAUCAUCGACAUUGUGUUUUCAACAAUAAAUCGGGUUUUGGUAUCAGAAGUUCGCGUUCUCAUUGAUUGUGCUAACAUUGGUCCGCUGCUGGGCUCGAUCAAGAUUGGCACAAAGCUCGCCAGGAUCGAUAUUGAGUUACCAGAAAAGAUCUGGAGGUACUGAAUUUCAGUUUUUUUCGUAGAUAUAUUGAUGACUUAGGCCAGCCUUGUCUGUCAUUUGCGUUUAAUUAUAAUUUUGGACUUUUGUUAAUACAAAUCUCUAAAUUGAAUUUC